AAUUUUCGUUUUAUACUCAGUAUUAGACGAUAAAAGAAGAAGGAAAUGAUUGAAAUAUUUACACGAAUGGCAGUGAUCGGUUUUAUAUCGAGAGGCUCAUGGAUCCCUCUAUAAAUACGUACCUGUUAGAGCCACUUACGCGGGUAGUAAUAACUCUACGUUGUCGUUUCGAACUUAGUUACUCGGCGAACACCGUCCGGGUAGGUUGUAUAUUUUCUAGUAGAUUUGUCGAAAUGUGUGUGUUUAUCAGUCGCUAUUAGCCUGGAAGUGACAAGAUUGCAGAAAACCUAAAUAUAAGAAGGAAACCACAGAACGUAUUCAAACAGUGUUUUGAAACAGUAUGUUUGUAUUUUGGAUUUAAAGUGACGCGCGCGCGGCUAAAUCAUUUCUAAGGGUUGGUAAGACUGUUCGGAAAAUUCGGAAAGUGAACAGGUGUUUUUUGAAUGGAUUAGGGAGAAUAGGUGACGAGGACGCAAAAGGAUUUGCGAAUGUUGAAGAAUCAAAGAACAGUGUGACAUUUGUGAAUAACCGAUCAUUUUAAAAAAUGCACUGGGAUUUAUGUUUCCAUUGAACAUAUUACGAAAAAUGAGGUAAAGAGGCAGUGGCAAUUAUGACAUGCAUAGAUGACAAGGAUAGUCUGCAAGCAACCUAACAACUCUGUUGUAUAGUCGAGAGAAUCGAAGCGAAGAUUAAAUAUGCCACACCAGUUUGGUUUGCCGACGAUGGCACAUGGAAUGCAAUCUCCUCCUUCACCGACUUCGGUCAUGUCGGUUUACCCCCGAUUUGGAUCCGGUGUCUAUAGACCGGAUCAUCAAGAUCAAAGGUUGACACGCGAAGCAAUGGAACGUUAUUUGCGCGAUAGAAGCGACAUGGUUAUUGUAAUUCUUCAUGCAAAGGUUGCGCAAAAGUCGUACGGCAAUGAAAAAAGAUUCUUCUGUCCUCCACCGUGUAUCUAUUUGUUCGGUGAUGGGUGGAGAAUGCGGCAAGAGCAGAUGCUUCGUGAAGGAGAGAGCGAGCAGUCCGCUCAGCUUUGCGCAUUUAUCGGAAUCGGGAAUUCCGAUCAAGACAUGCAACAACUGGAUUUGAACAAUGGUAAACAGUAUUGCGCGGCAAAGACACUUUAUAUUUCGGAUUCGGAUAAGAGGAAGCACUUUAUGCUCUCGGUGAAAAUGUUUUACGGUAGCGGACACGAUAUCGGUGUGUUUCAUAGUAAAAGAAUCAAAGUGAUCUCGAAGCCGUCGAAGAAGAAACAAUCGUUGAAAAACGCCGAUUUGUGUAUAGCGAGCGGAACAAAAGUUGCGCUGUUUAAUCGGUUACGUUCUCAAACGGUUAGCACGCGUUAUCUUCAUGUGGAAAACGGAAAUUUUCAUGCCAGUUCGACGCAGUGGGGUGCGUUCACCAUACACCUGUUGGACGAUAAUGAAAGCGAAUCGGAAGAGUUUCAGGUUCGAGACGGCUACGUACAUUACGGCAGUACAGUGAAAUUGGUAUGUUCGGUAACAGGAAUGGCUCUUCCACGUUUAGUAAUUCGGAAAGUGGACAAGCAAAUGGCCAGUCUAGAGGCGGACGAUCCAGUUUCGCAACUGCAUAAAUGCGCUUUCUAUAUGAAAGACACGGACCACAUGUACCUCUGUUUGUCUCAAGAACGUAUUAUCCAAUUUCAAGCUACUCCUUGCCCGAAGGAGGCAAAUAAAGAGAUGAUAAACGACGGUGCCUGUUGGACGAUAAUCAGCACCGAUAAGGCAGAGUAUCAAUUCUUCGAAGGCAUGGGCCCGGUUAGAUCGCCGGUAACGCCGGUACCAUUGGUCCAUAGCUUGCAUUUGAAUGGUGGCGGGGACGUGGCAAUGCUCGAAUUGACAGGAGAUAAUUUUACGCCUAAUCUUCAGGUAUGGUUCGGUGACGUGGAAGCGGAAACUAUGUAUAGGUGUCAGGAAAGCAUGCUUUGCGUGGUACCAGAUAUAUCGCAAUUUAGGGGUGAAUGGCUCUGGGUGCGGCAACCGACUCAGGUGCCUGUCUCGUUGGUUCGCAACGAUGGUAUCAUUUACGCGACCGGUCUGACGUUUACCUAUACUCCAGAACCUGGUCCGCGGCCUCAUUGUCCGCCAGCAGACGAAAUUAUGAGAGCACCACGCGGCAUGCACAAUCAACCGAACAUGCCACCGGCGAUCGCGGACGUACCUUGGAACACCCAUCAACCCCCUCAAUCGGGUCUCUGAUGUUUCCUAGACAAUUACAGUGCGCAUCACCAAAGUUUACGAGUCAGUGAGACGAACGCUGUUGUUUCCGUUCAUUCUUCGAACGAUAUUCCAGUUGUUUCUAUCGAUAACAACGAGCCAAUCGGCGACGAUGUUAACUCAGUGACUACCUACGCAGCGAAAGACCUAUUGCUCCGAGUCGACAAUGUGGCAACAAGUUUAGACAAUACAAAAAACAGCACGUAGCAACCAUUUCGUUGCGUUGCGUUGUGUCGCAUUACGUUGCGUUUUAUUGCGUUACGACGCUACGUUGAAUAUGUACAGUGUGCGGUACCGAGAAUCGUUUCCCUAUGUUCAUAAAUACGUAGGUACCUAGCUUUAAGUGUUGAUACAGAAUUACACACAGGGAUUAGAAUUUAUAGCGACCUUAGAAUUAAGAGCUUUUUACGAAUGUGAAUAUAUUUAGCUAUUACUUGGUAAAAGGAAUAUGAUGGGGAGGGGAGAAUAAACUCGAAAAUUUGUUCGCUCAUUAAACGACGAAACAAACCACGCUAUUAAAUCUCUCCGUUGUAUUAGAUUAGCCAUCGAGACUUAACGGCUUGGACCGUACAAUUGCAUAUCGAUCAUUGGAAGUGGUUGUACAUUUCUCAUCGAUUAUUGCAGAUUCGUUCUUCGAAAGAUCAGAUCUUGUUACCGAAGGAAUCUAUAUUUGGUUUAAAAUUGACCGAAUUUCUACCACAAUUAUCGCAAUACACAUUGUAUAUAAAAACGUAGUUUUCAGAAUGUUCUUGCUGAUACUUUUUACAUUUAUAAAAAUGUAGCAUCAAAUAAUUUUUAAAGGCAUUCAUUUUUAUUUAUCAAGAAAUAUAAAUGACUUGCGAAUAUCGGCCAAGAUACGAGCUGCAUAUGCGAUGCAUAUAUUCGAAAGACUAAUUCAUCUUUUAAAAACCAAUUGAAAAUUUCCAUCCAUUCAGUUUCUUUCUUUUAUAUCAUGAAUAUUUCAAACGUACAUACAUAGCAUAUGCAUUAAUGCAAAAUUGAACAUUAUAAUCGUAUUUUUCUCGUGAUACGUAAUGUACGCAGACAUUUUAGAAUUUUAUGAAACUUUAUGUGCGACUUAGAAAUUAUUCUAGAUUUAAUCCGAUUGAAUAAAAUCGUUAGUAUCCUGCCGAAAUUUUAAUUUGCUAUUUCGAUUGAUUUCGUGCGCUAACCAACUAUCGCUAUUUUAUUUUAUCGACGAUUAUUUAUUUUCAUAAUUGUUAUAUUAUUUCGUCAAUGAAACCUUCGAUUGCUUUUUUAACGUAGACGUAAACUAUUGUGCACGCUUCCUAUUAAUCUCACUGAUUAUCGAUAUCUCGAGUUUUCUAACGAAAUUCUUGAUAUCAUCCACAGAGAAGACAAUAUGCUUAUUCGCGCGAAAAUACGAUAUGUAACGGUGCAUUUUAAAUGGAUGACACAAAAGAAAAAUCUAAAUAUAUACGUUUUUAUGUCUCUCUAUGUUUUACAAUAAAUUGGUCAGAUUUAUAUAAUAAAGUCUUUACUUCAUGACCUACACGUUAUUUCCAAAUCCCAAGAUUCGAUAAUAGAGACAAUUGUAUGUACAUAACUGUUGCGGUGCGAAGCUGAGGUAUACUUUGAAAAAGUAGUUGCAUCUCGAAAGAAUGGGCAAAUCGUUUUACGUUUCAUCGAAAUUGUUUGAAAUACCAAUAUAAUAUUAUUGUAUGCGAAACACGAUAAUACGUUUCGGCCAAAGCAACGAAAUUUGUUGAUAUAAAAACUAAAAAUUAUUAGCUAGAAACAAUUCGUUUUUUGACUCCUCGAGUUGGUCGAAGCGAUACAGGCUCUUUUCUAGAUACCAUCGAAUAUAAUUAUCUGCAACAGGAAGCGAGAUAAAAUCGCUUUGAGAAUUGUCUUCCUGAAGAGAUCCAUUGUAAAAGAGGAAUGUCGGUAUACAUGUAUACCAUGGGAAUUUACCCACGAUUAAAAUUUGCACCAAGUACCUGAAGAAUACGAUUAUCUUUAUUCACAGUAAUAAAUUGCGAGUUAAUAAUAAUUACAUCCUUAUACGUAUCAGUGGACGGAUAAUCAUUGAGUAAUCAUUACAAUUCAUUACAUUGGAAAACUAUUUUAAGUUACGUUCAAGCGUUACAUUAAGUUAAGUUGCCAAUUUUUCAAUAACUUUUCGCAAACGUGGAACUGUUUUGGAUCAUAUCCCAAUUUGUCAAACUACGUUUGAACCUGAAGUUCUUUCAUUGUAUUUCUCUCUCACAUACACACGCACACUUUCUUUCUCUCACUUACGAAUUAAAACAAUAUUUUACAAAACUAUAUGAGAAUCUUAUUUGUAAAUAAAUCAUAUACAAUCUUUUAAACUAA